AUGGACUACUCGGCCAUAUCGCACGAUCCGGAGCAUCCUUCGGGCUCUGAUCCCUGGGCAUCUCCUCGGGCCACUCAGUCAUCCUUCCCUGCAUCGAGCAACAAUGACAUUCCCUCCUCGCCGCUUCCCCCGCAGCAUGACCGGGAAGAAGAUUCCCGUCCUAAGCCAUCUGAAAAUGGGGCUCCGAGCUCCCCUGACCUCUCCGCGCGGUUGCAGAGCGCACAACUAGGAGAUCCUGACUAUGCGGUUGAACAACCACCAUAUGCUACGCAGCCGCAAUAUGCCAAUGAGCCUCGGUCCCAACUGCCUGCGCGGUAUCAGACAGGCGCCAGACAGAAUGCCAGACACCCGGGCCCAGCGUAUAAGAUCCAGGCGAAGAUUACAGGACUAGAGCGUACGGGCAAGAAGGAUCCUGUACUUCGAUUUGAUGUUCAUACAAAUGUCCCCAAAUUCAGAACGACACAGUAUCGCGAUGUCCGACGCACCCAUGCGGAAUUCUCGAAAUUGGCGGAUCAUUUGAUUUCAGCAAACCCAGAGGUUCUCGUCCCUGCCGUGCCGCCGCCGUUGACCCCCGCCGGGGCUGGAACUGAGGAGGACGAGAUCCGAGUCAAGGCGUCCAUGCAGCGAUGGCUAAACAUUGUCAUGAGUAACGAGGUUUUGAUGCAAGAUGACGAGGUCGUCUUGUUCGUGGAGAGCGACUUUGGCUACAGCCCUGUCGUCCGGAUGAAGCAGCCUGCGACAGGAGUUCGAAGGAAGGUCCUGAAGCAAUUCGCCCCGCCCCCGGACGAUACGCCCGAAUUGCAAGAUGCACGACCGGUCGUAAAGAUGUUUUAUCUUGGGGCCAUGGAUACCAGCCACAAAGUUGACCGUGUGGUCAAGGCCCGUCGCGGCCUUGGUCUCGCCGAGACGGAUUUUGGUGUCAAGCUGGGGCAGAUGCAUGUGCAAGAGUCUCAUCCCGGUCUUGCGAAUGCCUACAAGAAGUUGGGCAAAGUCAUCCAGACGGUGGGAGACUACCACGCAGUUCAGGCAACCGCAGAGGCAACUACUCUGGAAGAUCCUUUGAGCUAUCAUUCGUCCGACGCAUUCAUUGUCAAGGAGACAUUGACCAACCGCCACAUCCUGCUUCGUGAACUGAUCCAAGCUCAGCAAGUUACCCGCAGCAAGCGUGCCGCUGCGGACCGGUUGAAGGGCAGCUCGUCGGUACGGCCGGAGAAGGUUGACGAGGCCAUCAACGCCUUGGACGAGGCCCAGGGGCACGAAGAUUACCUGACCAAGAAAACACAACGCGUCACAUCGAAUCUUCUGCUGGAGAAGCGUGCCUGGUUUGACCGCACAUCGAACGACCUGUUGAACAGUCUACGCGAAUACACUAUCCGCCAAAUUGAAUCGGAGCGCCGCACCCUUGCGACACUAGAAAGCGUUCGGCCGGAUAUCCGUUCUAUUGAUUCUUCCGGCGGUCUAAGUCGCCUGGGACGCGAGUCUCAUCCGUCCAUCCGACGGCCGAACAUGGCUUCCAGUCAAGGCCCCAAGGGAGACGCGUGGAGCGGCAUUCCCCGUCGCAGUGACAGCAUUGGACGCAGUCUGAGUGGUAGCUUCAUUGCGCCUACGCCCGAUGAGGAUGACGAGGUGAACGGACAAGGGGCCGCCGCUAAGGGACAACUGCGAUCGACCAGUGGCGUUGGAUCGAUUGCGGAGGAGGAUGACGAUGAUCGACUGGAUGCGAAGAACGCGGCCAGCCGACUGGCCACCAGCACCUUUUGA